CACAUAUCAUGACAGUUCUGUCAUCUGGAUUAUCAUCUGGUUCAGUUUAACCUCUGAAUAAUCUCAUGUUCUGGUCCAGAACCAGCAGAACCUUCAACCUGUCUGACCGGGUCAGAGGUUCUGGUUCCUUCAGCUGACCUCUGACCCUGAUGGACACCGCUCUGCCUUACCUGUCUGACCUCUGUGUCCCCAGCUGACCUCUCCAUCCCCCCAGUGGAUGAACCGUCUCGUCUUCCUGCCUCACUGGAACUACAUCCCCCAUGAUGCCUUGGGGCAGGACCAGGACAGAGGACACCUGGAGCUGAUUGGCUCUCCUGACCUGCUGGGACCCAGAGCUGAGCUGGGAUUGGCUACUGGGCCAGGAGGGGCGGGGCCUGAAGAAGGGGCGGGGCCUGAUGGAGCGCUGAGCGUCAGAGAGGCUGCAGGUGUUCUGAGGACCAGGGUCAGAGGUCAGCGGGUGUCUGUGUGGGGUCGGGUGGGCUCGGUGCGCCCCUUGCUGGAGGUUUCAGGAAGCUUCUUCUUCUUCUUCUGUCUGGAGGACCAACAGCAGACGGUUCCGGUUCUGGUGAAGGGCAGCAGGCUGUGGUGGGCCCAGUGUGUGUGUGUUGGUGUCUCAGUGUGUGUUACGGCUCUCAGAGUGUGUGUUCUCAGAGGAUGGAGAGGAAACAGCGUGUUGUGUGUGACUGACCGCUCAGAGAUGCACACCGGAUACACACACUCUGAGGCUACACACACACAGGGACACACACACCCAGAGGACCCGGAGCCCCUCCCCCUCUCUGGCCCCGCCCACUCUGACCAAGUGCUGAUGGACCUGGAGGAGGCGGAGCCUGAGGAGCUUCCUGUCCAAUCAGGAGGGAGAAUUAAACACUCCAGCGUCAUCAGCUACCAGGUAGGAGGCCUCUGUGAUUGGCUGUUUUUAUCUAGGAGGUUUCUGAUUGGCUUUUGUUAUCUAGGAGGCCUCUGA